GGCUUCUUACGUCUGUCAAUCAAGCUUACACAAGGUUGGUUGUGAUGCAGUGAACUUUGAUGUGUCCAGUCAAAAGUCAGCGAUCAGCUGAGUCUGUAUAUCCGUAACCGUUCGGGACAAUGAAAUAGCGACCAGGUAACCAUGCAGUUCCUGGGCCGUAUCCUGAACACGGUGAGCUCCGUGUCGACUCUGUUCUCCAACCCGUACCGUGUGAGGGAUGUGCAGCUGUCCGAUUAUAAUGGCAAAGUGCUACUGAAACAGGAGGGCAGGCUGGUCCUGUACGAGAACCAACAGAGCCAUUCAUGGGACUGCCUGCUUCUCUGCCCCGAGUCUCCAUCUGUAGCUCUGAGGAUGUUCCAGGUAGCUUCAGAGGAAGAUGCCAUGAAUUGGUUUCCUCAGUACGCCCUCAAACUCCGCCCAUUUUAUGAGAUGCUCCGCCCACCACUGAAACCUGAAAUAUUCCAGCCAAUUGUGGACUGCAUGCAGAAUCAUCCCGACUGGAGCUCGGCUCACAUCGCCGUGGAUACUGGACUGAGAGACUGUCUCAAACACAAUUACGUUUUGAGUGUGGAGCAUUGUCAGAAUACGCUGCACCUGGCGUGCGAGAGAGGAGAUGUGGGCUGCGUGCGUGAGCUCCUGGAGGAGUGUCAGGCUCGCACGGACAUCAAGGACAAGAACGGAGAGACGCCCAUGCACUGCGCUGCUAAACAAGACUCCGCAGUUAUAAUAGAGGUUUUGUGUGCACGGAUGUGCGUGGGUGUGAACGAGUUGAACGCCGCCGGGGAAACACCAAUGCACAUUGCAUGCCGUCUCGGGAGGGUCGAGGCGGUCAAGGGCCUGCUUGUGGGCGGAGCCUGCUGUGACAUCAUGGGAAGCAAUGGCUAUCCAAUCCACACUGCCAUGAAGUUUAGUGAGAAAAGUUGUGCUGAAGCAAUUUUAAACACCAACCCAAAUCAACUUCUGGCGGAGGAUCCGAUUUACGGUGGAACGCCUCUUCACUGGGCCAAGACUGCCGAGAUGAGCCGUGUGCUGCUGGACCGAGGUUGUAACGUCAACUACCUGAGUAAGACUGGAGAGAGUCCGUUACACAUCCUGACCAAGAGGGGGCGCUUUGAGGCCGCAAUGACACUGCUGACCCAUGGAGCCGACCCCAACAUUAAGGGUCAGGAUGGAAACACAGCACUGCACCUCGCCAUGAAGUUGGACCGCAUGGACCUGAUCAAAGCUCUCAUGGUGUUUGGAGCAGAUGUCGAGGUUCAUAAUGAUCUGGGAGAGACACCGGGACUCAUCGCUGCUCGUACCAGCAAGGGGCCCAACCGUAAGGUGCUCUUGAACAUGCUGUGUAGUGUAGGGGCCGAGCGGUGCCACCCCCCCUCCCUCAACAGUCCUGUCCAGAGUGUCAACAAAGCUCCGCCACCUGGCAUAGGGUUUGAUGACAUCUUGAAUGUGGCAGUAGCUGUCACGGCCAUGAGUCGUGGAUUUGCAGAGGUUGAUGGACUCAAGACAGGAAGCAAGAAAAUUGACAGAUUGCUGUGUCUAGACGGUGGAGGAAUAAAGGGACUGGUUCUGAUCCAGAUAUUGAUCACUUUGGAGAAGGAGGCAGGACGGCCCAUCAGGGAACUCUUUGACUGGGUUUCUGGGACUAGCACUGGCGGCAUACUGGCCCUAGCAAUUGUACACGGUAAAUCGAUGGAGUAUCUGCGCUGUCUGUACUUCAGGAUGAAGGAACAGGUAUUUAAAGGUUCUCGACCGUAUGAGUCUGGGCCUCUGGAGGAAUUUCUCAAGAAUGAGUUCGGAGAAAAUACCAAGAUGACGGACGUCGCACACCCCAGAUUAAUGGUGACUAGCGUUCUUGCAGACAGACACCCUGGAGAACUGCAUCUGUUCCGUAAUUACGACCCACCAGCCCUGCAAAGAGAUCCUCCGUACACAUCUACAGCCACAUUUCAACCCCUUACUGUGCCGCAGGAGCAAUUAGUUUGGCGUGCUGCCCGCUCCAGUGGAGCUGCUCCUACGUACUUUCGGCCAAUGGGCCGUUUUCUGGAUGGAGGGCUGCUGGCCAAUAACCCAACGCUAGAUGCCAUGACAGAAAUACACCAGUACAACAAAGCCCUGAAGGCACAGGGCCGUGAAUCAGAGGUGUGCAGGUUAGGUGUGGUCGUCUCAUUGGGCACCGGUAAACCUCCUCAGGUGGCGGUGAACUCGGUUGACGUUUUCAGGCCUUCGAAUCCACUGGAGCUGGCCAAGACCUUUGUUGGUGUCAGAGAACUGGGCAAGAUGCUUGUGGACUGUUGUACAGACUCGGAUGGGUGUGCAGUGGACCGAGCACGAGCCUGGUGUGAGAUGGCCGAUAUAAACUACCACAGGUUGAGUCCUCAGCUGUCUCAGGAGGUGAUGCUGGAUGAGGUCAGUGACGCCGUGUUAGUUGACAUGCUGUGGGAGACUCAGAUGUACCUGUACGAGCACAGAGAUGUCAUACAGACCCUCUCCCAGCAGCUGCUGCAGCUCUGACAACAGCUUCCAGACUGAAGCUGAUCAACAGGGUUUGGAUGCUUAAAAUGCAUAAAUGAUUUAUCUAAUACAAAUAAUGAAUCUGUUUACAUUGGUGUGUAUGUGUGUGUGUGUUUGUGUGUGUGUGUGUGUAUGUUGUUCUGACAUGUUCGAUUUAUUUAAAGGCAGAAUAUUUAUAAAAAUAUAUAUUUAAUUAUAACAUGCUUUCCCCAUAUGUCAUAAAUACCAAACUGGACCAAGGUUAAUGCAGUAUAACAACAUACAUGAAGAAUUCAGAGUGCUAAACUGCUCUGUUAACAUGUUCUGUGUUUGACAUAUGCAUUAAGGUGAACUAAAAAGGAAGCAAUGUUUGUACUCAUUAUUUAUCAAUAUAUGCAUUAAUUUUGUUGCUUUUAUCAUGUGUGACAUUUAUAGAGAAACUGACACAUUUCUUCUGGAAUCUUCUUGUGAGAGUCAUGGGUCAAAGUAUAGCCACUGUGAUUGAAAACUGAGUACUUCUUUGCGUUUACUAUUUGUUAUGCACUAAUCUAUACACUUGGAAAUGAUCUUCAUAGCGUUCCUGUGUGAUGUCUCUCGUGUGUUAUUUGCCUUGUUUUUUUGCACAAUCUGUCAUAUGUAACCUUGCAUACUUGAACAUUUUUAAGCUGCAACUGAUAAAUUCUCUGUCUGUGAAGUGUAGAAAUGAUGAACUAAGAUCAUUUAUAAUAUACUGACGUAUUUAACAACAAAUAUGCAUCAAGAAUAACUUGAAAACCUUUUGUAUUUCUCAUUAGCCUUGUUGUAUUUUUGUUGGGUAUAUUGAUUACAAAUUUACAGUUCAUUUUUCUACAAAAAAACAAAAACAAAACUUGGUGAUAAUUUAUACUUAACACUGAAGAUCUGUUGUUCAGAGACCAAAAUAAGCAUUGAUUCACUUUAUACGUAUAUAACCUGCUGCUGUUGCACUGAUUUGAAACAUUUACUUGAGUGAUAUUAACUUCAAAUAAAAAGCACAAUUGUUUAUUCAAACUGGGAUUAGGUCUGGUAUUUUCUAUAUGUGAAAUAAAAUUGUACAAAUUUCAUGUUUAA